AUGUUGACAGGAUGGAGGCUUACCUUAUCAAGAUUUUUCGUGAUACCGCAACGAUACAUACUCGGCCUAAUGGGUUUUUUGGCCAUCCUCAACGCUUACACAAUGCGUGUCUCACUAUCCAUCGCCAUCACGGAAAUGGUGACACCGGAAAGUUCCAAGGAAAUCUUUGACCCCGACGCUUGCCUCGCCACUGGAAACAAAACCUCCACUGCCACUGUCACGAACACAGACAUUCUGUACGACUGGGACGAAACCACUCAGGGCCUGAUCCUGAGCUCCUUCUACUGGGGUUACGUGGUCACCCACCUGCCAGGAGGCAUCCUGGCCGAGAGGUUCGGGGGCAAGUACACCCUCGGCAUCGGCAUUCUGUCGACGGCCGUCUUCACCCUGAUCACCCCCUGGGUCAUCCACUACACCGACGGCAACUGGAAGGUCCUGGUCGUGCUCAGGGUGAUCGAAGGACUGGGAGAGGGAACCACUUAUCCUGCUUUGAACGUUUUGCUAGCCAAAUGGGUUCCACUCAACGAGCGUGCAAAAAUUGGAACUUUAGUGUAUGCUGGAAGUCAAGUAGGAACGAUCGUCAGCAAUAGCAUAAGUGGCGCCCUCAUCAAUGCAACCAAAGACUGGGCUUCUGUGUUUUACUUAUUUGGGGGACUAGGGCUUCUCUGGUUCAUUAUAUGGGUAUUGAUAUGCUAUUCGGAACCAGAGGAUCACCCGUUCAUCAGUGAUAAGGAGAAAACUUUUCUGAAGAAAGAACUAGAGAACGUAUCGACCGAGAGCAUCCCCAUCCCCUGGCGCUCUAUCCUCUCCUCGCCACCCUUGUGGGCGCUAGUGGCCGCCCAGAUCGGCCACGACUGGGGCUUCUUCACCAUGGUGACCGACCUGCCCAAGUACAUGGCCGACGUGCUCAAGUUCGACGUCAAGGCCAACGGACUGUGGUCGUCGCUGCCCUACCUGGUCAUGUGGCUGGUGUCGAUGGGCUCAGGCUGGCUGUGCGACUGGCUCGUUGCCGAGGGGUAUAUGCGACUCACGUUCGCCAGGAAGUUUUUCACCACGAUAGCUGCCACCGGCCCCGCCAUCUUCAUCAUGGCCGCCUCGUAUUCGGGUUGCGACCGCGUGCUCACCGUCGGCAUGUUCACCAUCGCGAUGGGCUUCAUGGGCACCUUCUACUGCGGCAUGAAGGUGAACGCACUGGACCUGUCGCCGAAUUUCGCUGGCACGCUCAUGGCGAUUGUCAAUGGAAUCGGUGCCAUCACUGGCAUUCUGACGCCCUAUGUGGCUGGAGCCCUCACCGAAAACCAUACCCUCAAAGAAUGGCGGAUAGUAUUUUGGAUAACAUUCGCUCUAUUCAUUCUGACCAACUUGAUAUACUGCAUGUUCGGCAGCGGCGAGGAGCAGCCGUGGAAUCAGCCACAGAAAAGUACUGAUGAUGGUGAACUGCAAGACACGAAAUAUGGGAGCGUCGCGAACGGAGUUCAAACGAAACCAGAAGACGAAAACUCCGCUGUCUGA